UAGGGCACAAAUGGUGUAUGACAAGUGACUAAAAUCGACAACACAAACACGCGACAACUCGUCCAACAUAUCAACACGGAAUCCCAGUCUCAAGUAAUACACAGACACGGACCGCUGUAUGUUCGAACAAACGACAACUACCUCCUAUACAUCAUAUUCAAUUCCAAUAGCUAGAGAAGGGUCCAUAAUGGACUUAUGCGAUGGCGUCUGUAUGGUAUGUGGGGAUCGAUCAGCAGGGAAACACUAUGGAGUCAUGGCAUGUUACGGUUGCAAAGGUUUCUUCCGGCGUACCAUACGUAGCGGACAGAACUAUUCAUGCCGUUUUCAACAGAAGUGCAGCAUUGAUAAAGAUCAACGAAACGCUUGUCGAUUCUGUAGAUUUCAACGUUGCUUAAAUGUUGGAAUGGAGCCAGAUGCUAUCCGACCAGAUCGCGAUAUCAUCGGCAAGCAAAAGAAUCCUCGCCGCAAAAAGUUGAAGCGUGAAGACAGUUCGCUACCGUCACCUGGCAGUGAUUCACCGUCACCGCAUGAAGAUGUGCUGGUUACCUUUCUUGUUGACGUUGAACUACAAUCAAUGGGUGGGCCAGCAGCUCGAACACCUCUACCUAUAGGAAUCCAAAGAAUUAAAUCCGAACCCGAUAUGGACAUCAGCUCACUGUUCAGCAAUCGCUAUGCAUACGAAAACGAAGCUUAUGAAAUGGGCUACAGUGUCGACCGUGUAGCAACUGUGGAACAGUUAGCAUCAGCCCUUCGACGCUACCUCUUCGCAACGGUGCAUUGGAUUGAAGCGCUGUCUUCAUUGGCGCAGAUAGAAAACGUAGCAGAAAAAGUAUCCAUUCUAAAAAGCGUCUUUGCACCAUAUACAAUUCUUUGUCAAGCUGCACGAACUGCACAGUUCUCUCGAGACAUGGAUUUGAUCUGCUUGUGCAACCGAACGACCAUCCCAAGACAACCACCUCGCCACCUUCUCGAAACAAACUUACUCUCCAAUAACCUCGUCCCACGAAUGCUUGACGACCUUGUGGCACCUAUGCGGAAGUUAUCUCUCAGUGAAGCCGAAAUAGUAGUUCUGUCCGCUCUUGUAGUUCUGGAUCCGGAUUCUCCUGGACUAUCGGAAACAUCCUCGAACUCACUUAGUCAAGUUCGUGACAGGGUGCAAAAUGCGCUGUUCCAGUUGAUCCGUGAGAACUCGUCCGCGCUGCAGCACGUAACUAGCCGUUUCGGGAACAUUCUUCUGCUUCUGCCACCACUUGCGAAGCUAAGCUCACUUGUUGGCGAAAACGUGCAGUUCGCUCGUAUGUUCGGUGGUUCACUAGAUCCACUGCUCGUGGAAUUGUUUGCGGACAACACGUCCGAGGUGAUUCCAUCACCAUCAACUCGAGAACGUAUGGACGUGUCCACUCAGACCUAUUCGUCCACAUCGCCCUCUCUGCCAUCGGAUCUUAGCGAAAUACAUGAGGACGUGCCGGCUUGUACCGAGCCAACUCGUCCAGCUCCUGUCCUACCCACAGUGAACCCGCAAAUGUCGUACCAUCCGUUCUACUUCUCCGGACAACAGUUCCAAAUGCAACAAGCGGUCAGCUAUGCAUCAUCGCAAAGCUAUACACAACCAUCGUUCUUCGACUCGACCACAACACCAACACAGUUCCGAUUUAUGUAAAUCGAAACCGCGCCCCUAUGCGAGUCGAGUCAUUGUGAAAAAUCACGCGCAGACAGGGGCAACAGUACAAAAUACACUUGAAAAUGCAUAAGAUUAGAUGUUCACGUUCAUGCGCAUGUUCAUAGUACCUUGCUAAUCUCAUUCUCCAAUCGAUUAUCGAUCGAGUGUUCAAAAGUAGCAAGAGUCAUGAACAUAAUGUAGUAGUAGCAAUCAUAAGUCAACUCACAUCCACCUAGUCCCACACACAUUUCACCCCAACCUUAUCAUUUUAUUGUUUUCACUCGUGAUGUGUUUUUCUUGUCAUUAUUGAUUUACCGAUUUUUCCUUGUUAAUAGGCAGUGUUCAUGUUGAUUUGCUUCGGAUUAUAUUUCUGAAGUUUUCUUCUUUUUUGUAUUCACACCUCGAAGGGCUGUGUGGAUACCGUUACAGCAUAAAAACCCGCAGCCCAACGUGGUGUGGUGCGUCUCCUCAGCGUAAGCCCCUCUGGUGAAGAGUGGUAUCAAACGGGCAAAACCAGGUCACGUUCUACGAUUCUAAUGCCGUACAGUCGCCGGUUGUUAAGUUUUCCGGUGAUUUUCGCAAAUUUAGCACGUUUUGGAAAUCAGGGAACAGAGUUAGGUCGGAAUUUCGGAAAAAUUUGAAAAAGAAUGCAAGAAAAGAGUGGGGUUAGGCACUCCGACCAAUAAGGAACGACCAAAAAGCGUGUGCUCUCGCACACCUUCUUGGUUGCUCCUGAUUGGCCAAGACGCCUGACUCCGCCCCCGCACACGUUCUGCAGAAUUUCUGAAUCGCGUUAAAUUUGUAUAUCCUCUAAAUAUGCUUCAUAUUUUCGUGUAAAGUGACGACGGGCCAUAUAUACCUCAUCCGCCGUCACUCAAACGCAUCCUUCCUCAAUUGAUUAUACACCUUGCAUCGAGUUACAGUAUUCUUUUACUUUUUUGUUACACUUGUCCGCUAUAGUUGUUGCAAAGCGGCAUUUAGCGCCUCUAGCCUGAAUACUCAUCCGUUGAUAUAGUCGUUGCUUUUACAGAACCUCUACAUUUGCGUGUAUCAUCUCUGUUAAUACUAUUAAACAUGCAACAUCCUCUCGAUUUCAAUCGAUCGAUAAUCUGCAAUCGAUAAUCAACCGAUUUGGUAACAUUUAGUGACCUCCAAGAACAUUUGUCAUUUUAGCCGGAUUUACAGCCGACACAUGUUUUCGUCAAUGUACAAAGUAGACUUAUAUAUGCAACUUGAGUCUGAUCGCACUGUACGUUUACGGUAACGCUACCGUAUCGCAUGCGAGAAGACGCAGUCGCAUUGAUAGUAGUCUCCUCUACCGAAUCACCUCAUUCUAUUUUUAAAUCGUUCUACUUCUUGCUUUGCUUUCUUGCGUAGUUUUUCCUAUACAGAUAUUUUAAAGAAAUCUAUCAAGACAUCUGGUUUUUUGAUAUUUCAUUUCUCUCCCGGUUAGUUUUCGUACGCUUCUUUGCGUUUCUUCCUAUCUACGGAUCUUUAUUCCACCUUCUGAACGUGUAGUUUGUAAAUGUGUUAAUCGACA